AUGCGUCAUGCCUGUGACUACCGUGUAUCCUUCGAUCUUACUCCUUACGGAGACCUCGCGUUUUUGGAGGCAUUUGCACCCGACACGCCGUCGACAACAUCUCAGACAAGAACAACUGGCGCUACUGUCCUAUUCGUGAAAACGUAUCAGGAAGAUUUGGUAGGAUUGCAUUCCAGAGCUCUCGAGAGCUUAGUGUGCCGUUGUGGCCGCGAGCCAAGGUGGCAUUGUGCCAAAGCUGAUGUGCUUUUGAAUCCGCUAUCAAAACGACGAUUUUCUUCGACCUGUGAUCCGAGCGCUGCUCUAAAGCGUUAUUUGGUGGCAGCCUCACUGGCUACUAAUUACUUCGCUGACAUGGUUUCCGUGGUGGAUAUCAUAGAUCAGAGCUCGCUUGUCCGUUUGAGCCAAUGCCUCUUGAAAGUAGGUGCGCACGUCGCAGCUGCCAUUCUGUAUCAGUGUUUUAUGCCUGAGGAAUUCAAGUACGGCCUCCGGAUCUUGCAACUGGCUCCCGAGUCCCAUGACGAGGCCUUUUUUCAGUACUUUUGGGAGCUGCCGUUCCUGGAGUUACUAGUGGACCUUCAUUCGAGUCCGAAAUACCUCAAUGAUAGAUAUGUGAUGCUGUUGACAAACCUUAUUCAGUCCCCCGAGCUGAACAGUUCAAAUCCCUCAUCAGUCGUUAAAGACGCUGAACACCGCAUUCUUCGCUGCUACUUUCGGGACCUGUGCAGAAUUUAUCUCAGCAACUAA